UAGAAGGAGCGACACGUGCUGGCGGUGACGCCCCGCCCCUUCAGCCCUGGGGGCGGGGAGCGUGACGUCGCUUCCUCGGGUUAGGUACACGCAGCGUGCGUCAGCACGAUUCCAAGGGGUGUGCGCGUUUCCCAGCGAAAGGGGCGGGGCGUGGAUUAUUCAUGAGAUCUUCCCUCUUCCUUCCGCCCAUCUAAUUAGAAUUAGGGGGACUUAAUGGGAGUCGUAGGGGGAGAAGGAUAAAGUAGGCGAGGAAUCAAGCACGCUGCCUCAAGAACUGUUAUCAAUAAAACGCAAUACAUCAUUUGAGAUAGUUUCUGAAUUGAAAACAAUUAAAAAAGAGCACUAAAACAUCCGACGGGGUCCAAGUUCCUCUUCCCCUGAGGAGGCCCAGCCGUUCUCGCGACCCUCCUCCUUUCCCCAACUGCGAACACCUAGAGAACCACGCCUUCCCCCCGCCCUACACCUACGUCUGGACUCGGACGCCUCCGCCAAAGUGCGGCGCCUGCGUAUCAGUCCCCAGUGGCGUUGUCAGCGCCAGCGCCAUCGCGGGUGUUGAUCCUGCAGCACUGAAGCUGCAGCUCUGCUCCACUUUACACACGAGCGAGUGUGGGCGGGAAAGGGUAACGACUCGCUUUCCCCCCUGCUCCGGUCAGUGGGGAGCACUGAUUCCAGUCCCCAGAGUGAUGGCUGGCCGAGGUUCCCUGCCAACAGACUGUCAGAGCACUCUAGAGGCAGGAGUGGAGCUCAAGAUGGUCUCAAACAAAAUAUAAAAGCGUGAGGGGGACGAAAAGAUAAGGGUUAUAGCAUGAAAACAGGAAGGAGAAGGCGAUUUGAAGCAGAGAUACGAGAACGAAGUGCCUCAGGCGCUCCGCUGUCUAUCGGAAAAAAAACCGGCACCCGCGAGGAUUAUGGGACUUGUAGUUUCACCAGGCCUUAGUUUGGAAGAUGGCGGUAUAACUCUAGCCGCGCAAACGCAAAGCGGCUUCCAGGUGCGCAUGCGCACCACCUCUGAGCGCACGCCGCUGGGGGGCGGAGUUUGUCCGCGUCCUCGCGCCUCCUCUUGGUGGCGGGAAAAGUAGGUCGAGGUGGAAAGGCUGUGCGGAAUGGCUGCGACAGCGUAGGCUGCGCCUCGUCUUUAGGUCCUCGUCGCCCCGGAAGAGGCAAGGAAAGUGUAGUUUCUGAACUGGAUGAUGGCAACAUUACAGAAUUAUGAAGAAUCUGAAAAAGGGACAAAGAAAACCUUUGCUCCACCUACACAAAAAACACAUAACAUGAAACCCCAGCCUAAGUCAUGGAAGGAGGAAACCCUGGGGACCAGUUCUCCAGAGGCCGAGGCCAAGCCAAGCCGCCUGAAAGCCAGCUCAAAGAAGAGGGAGCAUGGUCCAAGUGGGGGCCAGGAGAAAAAGCGAAAGGCUCAAGACAAACUGGCUGAGAAGAAAGGAAAGUCUCUGCAGGAAAAACCAACUCUUACCAACGCAGAAUUUGAGGAGAUUUUCCAGAGUGUACUGCAGAAAUCCCUGCAGGAGUGCUUGGGUAUGGCCUGGUGUGAAGAGAAAAGGCUUCCUUCCAUUAGGCAGAGUGGCCGUCAUCCUAGGGAGACUUCCUGUGCCCAACCCAUAAUACCUACCAAAUCAGACAGAGAACCAGGAAUUGCUCCUUCAGCAGAUAAUGAAAAUGCUGAUGGGGAGAAGGUAAUAGUAUCUGAUACUCCAGAGAUUGCAUCUUCUCUGGAAGAGGAAGUGAGCUCUGAGACAAGGAUAUCUAAGCCAGGCCAGCCAGUUACUGAACCCUCUAAGAAGAAAUUCAACAGACUUUUUUCAAGCAAAAGAAAGAAGAAAGCUGAUGAGAAAAUCCAAGAUGGACAUGAGUGCAGUCUGAAAGACAAACAGAAGACAAUGAUUCAGGAUCAUUCUCAGAUCCGGGGCCAGCAGAAAGAAGAGGAAGGUGGUUUUGGCCAGUGUCUCAUCUGGGUCCAGUGUUCCUCUCCAAAGUGUGAGAAAUGGAGGCAGCUGCGUGGAGGCAUUGAUCCCUCAGUUCUCCCAGAUAACUGGUCUUGUGAUCAGAAUCCAGACCUGAACUAUAAUCACUGUGAUAUUCCUGAGGAGACCUGGACAGGGUGUGAGAGCGAUGUGGCCUAUGCCUCUUAUGUUCCAGGAUCCAUCAUCUGGGCCAAGCAAUACGGUUACCCCUGGUGGCCAGGCAUGAUAGAAUCUGACCCUGACCUGGGGGAGUAUUUUCUUUUUGCAUCUCAUCUUGAUUCCCUGCCGUCCAAGUACCAUGUGACAUAUUUUGGAGAAACAGUUUCUCGUGCGUGGAUCCCAGUUAGCAUGCUGAAGAACUUCCAGGAGCUGUCCCUGGAGCUAGCCAGAGUGAAAAAAUGCAAGAACAAGGACUAUGGCCAGAAACUGGAGGCAGCCAUAAGGAUGGCUCACAAGGCAGAGCAGAUCAGUGUUCAGGAGCGGGUUAACUUGUUUGGUUUCUGGAGUCGAUACAAUGGAUCUGACGGCCGUGGGGAAGGGAAAGAUUUGAUGGUCUGUGAGCCCAGCAGCCCCGAGUCUUGUCUGGAGAAAGAGAAGGACUCAGAGGAGGAGAAGGAGGAGAAAGAAGAGAAGAAAGACCCAACUUUGCCUAGACCCAAGCCAGCUAAAAUACAGACCAAAAAAAACAAGUCAAGAGGCCCAGCAGGAGGACGAGCCAGGACUCCAAAAGAGAAGACUGUGAAGAAGUCUCUGGGCAGUGAGUCUGCAUUCCCUCCUGGACCCGUUUUGGGAGGGAAAGAAGAACAAGGAAAUUCAGACCUGGACCAUCCAGGCCCUAAAAAAAAAUUUAAGACUCCUGAAAGCAAGGCCUCAGCUACUAACUUACUCAAGGAGAAAGCAUUUAAAAUUGUAUCAAAGUGCUCUGCUCCAUCAGCUCCACACGGGGCUUGUCCAUUGGGAAAGGAAGAUCUUGGGCCUCAGGAGCCCCUGACCCAGGAGGCAGCAAGUUUCCCCCCUGAAGAAGAUGGUUCCAGUGACCUGGACUUGGAGCAACUCAUGGAAGACAUUGAAGAGGCAGAGGAGAGAGGGGAGUCGCAGCAGAGGGAUGGCUCAGAGGAGUUCCUGGCGGGUCUCUUUGAGGAGUAGUGUGCUUUGGUCCUUCUACUGCUAACUACCUCUCAGUGAUCCUGAGCAGAUGUUGAAUGUCGGGGUUGGUGACCUGCUCCAGGCUUCAGGUCAGAGCUGUGCAUCCUGGGUAAUAAAGCAGGUCUCUGGGGUCACUGUU